GCUAACCGCCUCGCCACUGAGAAGCAGAAGCUCCGCUGUGGUCAGCAGGUCCGCGCCUCCGCGCUGUUACAGUGUUGUUGGAGGAGCCGAACAGGAGCUGCUCUCAUCGAGAAAGGAAUGGCGUCCUGCUGCGAGUGUUCAGCUGCCCCACAUGUCCACUUUCCUACAUCCACUAGCUCCAGAAACUCAGCAGGAGAUCCAUAAGGAAUACGUUAGACUGUUUAAACUAGACAAAAUUAAAUGUUAGAGUAUGGCGUCCAGAAGAACCUCCAGUACAAAGAAAACAACCUCCGGUUCUCUCCACACUAGAACGUCUCACAGAGAGAUCCAGAAACAUGCAGAGAAGGAGAGAACACACCACUGCCUGGAGUGUGGGAAGAGUUUUACCCAGCAGGGCCACCUCAGAGAACAUCAGCGCAUUCACACUGGAGAGAAACCGUAUCAGUGCUCAGUGUGUGGGAAGAGCUUCACUCAGCAGAGUCACCUGAAGGGACACCAGCACAUUCACACGGGAGAGAAACCGUAUCGCUGCUCGAUGUGCAUGAAAAGCUUUACUCGCCACAAUUAUCUGCUCAUACACCAGCGCGUUCACACGGGGGAGAAGCCGUAUCAGUGCUCCGAGUGCGGGAAGAGCUUCAUUCGGCUCAGUUACUUACAGACACACCAGCUCAACCACACAGGAGAGAUGCCCUAUCAGUGUUCAGACUGCGGAAAAGGUUUCAGCGAAAAGAGCAACCUUAAAAAACACCACCUCAUCCACACAGGAGAGAAGCCGUACUGCUGCUCAGAGUGCGGGAACAGGUUUCGAUACGGAGACACUCUCCGAAAACACCAGCGCAUCCACACCGGAGAGAAGCCGUUUCAGUGCCCCGACUGUGGGAAGAGGUUCACUCAGAAGAGCCACCUGAGAACCCACCAGCGCAUCCACACCGCGGAGAAGCCGUAUCAGUGCUCAGAGUGCGGGAAGAUCUUUACCGUAAAGAGUUACCUCCAACAACACCAGCGCAUCCACACCGGAGAGAAACCGCAUCACUGCUCGGACUGCGGGAAGAGCUUCACUCUGAAGAGUCAGCUCCAAAGACACCAGCGUAUCCACACCGGAGAGAAACCCUAUUACUGCUCAGACUGUGGCCGGAGCUUCCGGCAUUUGAUUACUCUACAGCGUCACAAGUGCGUUAUGAAGGAGGAGGAAACGCAUUGUGUGAGUAUGCUGUCCAAGAGAAGCUCCAGCUCUCUGAAGACAUCUUCUGAUACUCUCAACACUAAGACAUCUUACAGACAAAGGAAGAAGAAUGCAGGCAAGGAGAGAAAUCACCACUGCGUAGAGUGUGGGAAGAGUUUUACUCAGCAGAGUAUUCUCAGAAUACACCAGCGCAUUCACACAGCUGAGAAACCGUUUCAUUGCUCACAGUGUGGAACAAGUUUUAACCAACUGAACCAUCUCCAAACACACCAGCGCAUUCACACAGGAGAGAAACCUUUUCACUGUUCAGACUGCGGGAAGAGCUUUACUACACUUGGUAGUCUCCAAAGACACCAGCGCAUCCACACAGGAGAGAAACCGUAUCACUGCUUUGACUGUGGGAAAUGUUUUAAUGAUGCAUGUAAUCUCCAACGACACCAGCGCACCCACACAGGAGAGAAACCGUAUUACUGCUCAGAGUGUGGAAGGAGUUUUACUCGACAUAAACAUCUACAAGAACACCAGUACAUCCACACAGGAGAGAAGCCGUUUCACUGCUCAGACUGCGGGAAGAGAUUUAGUCACCUGAGUCCUUUCCGAAUGCAUCAGCGCCUUCACACAGGGCAAAAAUCAUUUCACUGCUCGGACUGUGGAAAAGGCUUUACUACCAACGGUAGUCUCCAGAGACACCAGCGCAUUCACACAGGAGAGAGACCGUAUCAGUGCUCGGACUGUGGGCGGAGUUUUAACGAUGCAUGUAAUCUCCAAAGACACCAGUACAUCCACAGAAACCAAGAGAAACCGUUCCACUGCUCAGAGUGCGGGAAGAGAUUUACUCACCUCGGUCCUUUCCAAAUACACCAGCGCAUUCACACAGGAGAGAAACCGUAUCAGUGCUCAGACUGUGGGAAGAGCUUCAACCACCUGAGUCAUCUCAGAACCCACCAGCGCAUCCACACCGGAGAGAAACCCUUUCAUUGUUCGCACUGCGGUAAGAGUUUCAGCGAAAGCAGCAAUCUCAGAAGACACGGCCGCGUUCACACGGGAGAAAAACCGUACCGCUGCUCAGAGUGUGGAACCGGAUUUGUUACACAGGGUCAUCUUGAAACACACCAGUGCAUUCGGACCAGAGAGAAACUGUAUUACUGCUCAGACUGUGGGAAGAGCUUUACUACGCAUGGUAGUUUCCAAAGACACCAGCGCAUCCACACUGGAGAGAAGCCCUAUCAGUGCUCUCAGUGUGGACGGAACUUCAGGUAUUCACGCACUUUAAAGUCACACAGGUGUCCUCAGAGAGAUGUGGAAGUUCAAAACAUAAGUGUGUUGCAUCAAAAGGCCAGCAGCUCCACGUUUGUUUAUUUGCAUCUCCUAGUAGGGAGAACGCGUGAGUUCCGUGAGUUCCGUGAGUUCCGUGAGUUCUGUGAGUUCCUCCAGGUGGGGGCGCUAACUGUAUCAGUGAUCUUCUCCAAGCCCAGUAAAGCGGAGAAGCAGAAGCUCCGCUGUGGUCAGCAGGUCCGCGCCGCUACAGUGUUGUUGGAGGAGCCGAACAGGAGCUGCUCUCAUCGAGGAGUGCUGUCUAGUUGCAUUUCUCUCCUGUUGCUGGCGUCCACUUUCCUUCGUGUCAAGCAGUUGAAGGGAGGUCAAACGAAGUGUGAGAGUAUGGUGUCCAAAAGAAGCUGGAGGACUCCGAAAACAUCCUCUGGUUCUCUUCACACUAAGACAUCUCACAGACAAGCUGAGAAACACGCAGGCAAGGAGAGAAAUCACCACUGCCUGGACUGUGGUAGGAGUUUUACUCAGCAGAGUAUUCUCAGAGUACACCAGCGCAUUCACACGGGAGAGAAACCCUAUCAGUGCUCAGACUGUGGGAAGAGCUUUAAUCGACAGAAUCAUCUCCAAACACACCAGCGCAUUCACACUGGAGAGAAACCGUAUCCCUGCUCAGACUGUGGAAAGAGUUUUACCACACACAGUAGUCUCCUGAGACACCAGCGCAUCCACAAAGAAGAGAAACCGUAUUGCUGUUCCGACUGUGGGAAGAGCUUUUGUACUGGAGACACUCUCCGAAUACACCAGCGCAUUCACACAGGGGAGAAACCCUUUCACUGCUCAGAGUGCGGGAAGAGUUUUAAUCAGCAGAGCCAUUUCAAAGCACAUCAGCGCAUCCACACAGGAGAGAAGCCGUAUCAGUGCUCAGAGUGCGGGAAGAGCUUUACGUUAAGGAGUUAUCUCCAGCUCCACCAGCGCAUUCACACUGGAGAAAAACCCCAUCGUUGCUCAGACUGCGGGAGGAGUUUUAAUCAAAUGGGUCAUCUCCAAAUACACCAGCGCAUCCACACCGGAGAGAAACCGUAUUACUGCUCUGACUGUGGAUGGAGCUUCAGACAUUCCAUUUCUUUAAAGCAUCAUAAGUGCACUAUGAACGAGGAGAACAGUCACAACACAUAAAUUUUCUCCAGCAGUUUAAGCGUAGAUGAAUGUAUAUGUAUGUAUCGGGGGAGGAACAAUACCGGUACCGUAACCUUAAGUGGCUGGGAUACCGAAACCCAACUGGUAUCAUCUUUUUCCUCACGUAAGACCUCUUGGGAAGGGAUUUUCCAUGAGCAGGUGGGGUUAUACCAAUUUACCUCCGGACGUCUGUACUGUUAAUGAGUGAUUCGCCUGGGAGAAGUAAUCUCAGUAUAAAUGACGGAGAUGGGAGUGGCUACUCCAUUUGUGCUCUCUAUUUACUCCAGAAAAGAUGUUACUCUAACUAUUUACUUUUCUGUCUUUAGUGAAUGCAGUGCAGCGUUAGCCUCGCAGUAGCCUGAAUUCACAACCAACGCGUGAAAACAAACUUUUUCCUGUAAUUUUUAUGUUCAGAAUUUUACGAGUGAGGCAGCACAGUAACAUCUCAGUCUGGUUUUAGCCACAGAGACCAAUAAGGCUAAGGUCAGCUUUCUAAUGUUGGAGAUAAAAGACCCUUCUUCUGCUGAUCUCGUGGUGCCUCAAGUCUGGGGAGAUGGAGUUUAACAGACUCAGCUUUAUUCACAAAGACACAGAGUUUAUAUAUCUCCCACUUGGCUCAGGGCCCACACCUUAGGCAGGUGUUGGCACAAAAAACAUGAACAGACAGUAUAUGACAAAAUGUUCUGGAACCCAUGGAACUUCCCAUUCAGGCCUCAAGGCCGAAGCCCUCAGUCUCUCCUUGAUAAAAGCAACUCAGCAUAUCUUUAAACAAAAAUGAGAAACACACUCCGCUUUCAGUGAUUAUUGCGGAGUCAUAGUGAAAUAGCAAAGCUGACACGGCUAUGCACUCUAACACUUUCAACCAGCUUCCUGUUAGAAUUUUCCCAUUAAAUGAUUUUCACAUUCCGGCAUCAAAUUAACCACCACCCCAUUUCAGGAGGAACAGGAAAAUUUGAACAAGAAAAUUCAGCUUCAUCUGAGAACACAUGUAAAUGCUUUUUUGAGUCUCUCAGUAGUUGAGAAAGCCCAUUUCCACAGGAUGUGGUGGCAUGUCGAUUCAUAUGGGAUUCAUAUGACCUGAUCUUAUUUUUAUGGCUCAUUUUAUAGACGGUAAAAGACGACAAAAUCUUUACUGAGGCAGGAGUGAACUAUUGGUAAAAAUGACUGACAUGGCACAUUCGGACAGGACUGAAAUUACUGAGAAACACUGGUAAUAAUUACAUUACAUGACCUUAUUUUCUCAUAAUAAAUGAAUCCCAUUUUAAUAUGGCUUUAAACUAUGAAGCUGUUAAUAAUGCAUUUAUCUGGAUGCACUUUGUUUAACCCAGCCAUCUUAAUGUCACAGUCAAACUGUGAAACAAGUAUUCUCCUCCCCCAAACGAAUAAACAGCCUACAACUUGACUCUGUUAUGCAGUACUGCUAUAAUUCAUACUUGAGUUACAGGGCUGGCAAAAAUUGAUUUCUGAACACAGGUUAAAACCGGUUAAGUUCGAUAUUCAAACAUGGGUUCAAAUUUUAAAAAUUACGCAUUAUGUACAUAUGAGGACAAACCAAUACAACAGAUUUAUUUCCCCCUCAAAUUCACGUUCCCCUCUGUGAACAGCGUCUACAGGAGCAGCAUCCACUAAGCAGAAAUCUACCCAAACAACACUGCAGAUACAGAAGGUGAAAAAGGUUCAAGAAAGUUGUGGAGCUGUAUGCCCUCCUCGUUAUAUGAUUGUCUUUAACAGCUGAUAAUUGUGAAUUUAUGGUUAUAUGUGAAGAUAUUCAUAACGACAGCAUAGUCUCCCUUCAGGACGGUACUCAUUUACAUUUUACAUUUACGGCAUUUGACAGACGCUCUUAUCCAGAGCGACUUACAGUGUGAUCAUUUUACACAGGCAGGCAAAGGAGUCUUGCCCAAGGACUCUUAUUGGUACAGUGUAGGGUGGUUACCCAGGCAGGGAUUGAAGCCCAGUCUACAGCGUAGAAGGCAGCGGUGUUACCCGCUACACUAACCAACCCACCAUACUCGUAGGAGACCUAUGGGUGUAUUGAUGAGCAGCAAACUAACAACAGCAAAUUGGAAACAAGAUGUAAAGUAGCUGCAAUAUAAGAGCGAAAAGCUACAAUCAGACAGAAGGUAGAAUCAUUAGCUGUAUGUAUGAUGCGCACAAACCCUCUCCAAAAAUUUCACUGUUGAUAAGACACAAAUAGAAAGUCACUUGCUAAUCCUUUUUGAGCUGUAUACAAUUGAAGAGAGUACACAUACAUGAUAUUUAAUGUUUCAACUAGUUAAUUAACUAGUUAACUAAGUUUGAUUCUUGCAACAUAUUCAAGAAAUUUGAGACAGGAGCACGUUUGUGAACUGAGGACACCGGUUGUUGGAGUUAUGAAAGAUUAAAAAUGAUUUAGACCUUCUAUGCAGGACAUUAAUCUGGAUGGUCUGAGGGUGGUUCAGCCGUGGCAAACAGUCAGCAGGCAGCCACCGUAUGGAACCAGUGGACCGAUAUAUGCUUACAAUAUAUGUAGGUAGCCACUGUUUAGCCCAGUUUUUCUAAGGUGAUGUGGCAAAGGAAUGUGAAAAUGUCCACUCACGAUAUUUUGGGUUUUGUGACAAACAAAACAAACAUAUUCCUUAGUUUUAAAAAAUCACGCUUGGGGUGUGUUUAAUCUGACAUUUGUGCUCCGCGGGUGUUUUUGGUUGGUGGCCGUGUUAACUCAGUUAGGAAAAACUCAGCCCAAUGCCAGAUUAAACAUACUGUAGCCAUGCUGAUUAACACCCAGUCAUUUUCCAUAUGUGAUUGUCAAUGUCUACAUUAUAUCAAGUUAAACUAGCCUUAAAAGUUGUGAGUUUUCUUUACAUGCAACUUAUAAGUACAAUGUUAGAUGUUUUGUGAUGCCUCUUAUGUUUUAUGUAAGUUUGUUUUACCCCGUAAUGGCUGAUAGAAUUAUUGUUCAGGCAGCUGCAAAUAUAUUUGCAUUAACUAGAAAUAAGCAUGUGAAGUGAGUAUCUUCCAAAAAUUUCUGUGUUUUGUACUUUUAUACUUUACAGUUUUACAUUUGAUUGUGCACCUACAGCCUUGCUUCAAACAUCUCACUGUACUUUUAUAGUGUAAAGUCUCACCUUUUUUACCUCUCACCUGUUUGCAUUACUUGCAAAGUUGAAAUCAUUAAAUAAAAAAUAUAUAUCAGGA